AUGAACGACGAACACGCAGCCGCCUCUUGGCCGCAUCUCUCCACCUCGGCCUCUACGACGGCGUCGAACACGGCGCCACCCACGCCUCCGUCGCAUCGCGCACUUGCGACAGCAAAGGACGAGUUCGAUGAAGAAAGCGGACUGCCUGCGCUGCAUCUGCUCAAUAUGGCGUGCGACGAUGCAGUGUCGGAUGGGAGCGACGAGGCGGACGGAUUCUUUGCGCUCGAUAUGGGCGUGAGCAUCGACCAGCAACUCCAGACCUCGGACGGCUUUGAGGCUCCGACAUCUACCUAUGCGCAUCCUGCACUCCGUCGUGCAUCCGAAUGCACCUACUCGUCGUCUCCACUCCAGAACGUCGGACUGGACCCGGUGAUUGCGUGUCGCUCGCGCACAUCGCCUACGCAGGCUGAUGCAGCCGCAGUAGCCGAAACCGCUUCGCCGGCGAGCUUUGGACCCAUCGCACCCGAGGUGGAUGCAAAGGGCAAUCUCGAGUACAAGCUCAAGAUCCUUCCGCCGAGCCGCGAACGAUUCGACAGGCUGGUGACGCAGCUCAAGUGGCGGCUGCUCGAGGGUGGAGGCGUGGCGGUGUACGAGAUCGGCGUGCUCGACGACGGCACGCUCAUCGGGCUCGAUCCCGACUCGAUGAAGGACUCGCUCAAGCUGCUUGCCCUCAUGGCGGGCGAGGUGGGCGCCGAGUGCAGUGUGCACCGCGUGCUGGCGCUCGAGCGUAUUGCGGCUGCAUCCGAACUGAGCCUUCGGGCACUGGCGCCGGAAGAGGCAGUCGAGUGUCUGCAGCCGUACAUUGCAUCGGCGGCGGAGCUGCAACCAGAGAUCCGCGAGCAGAUUUUGCAGCAAGCAAAGGCAGGAAUGUACAGAUUCGACAUGGCCGAACAGCAGCACAUCCCCACCGCGCUGCAUCAGUCGCCGUCGUCCAAGAUGGUUCCUCGCUCCAGCAGCAGCAACAAGCGCACGCUGGACGUCGACGCUUCGGCCGUGGUGUAUCUGCCGUCGAAGGAGGAGAAGCGUCUCAUGCGGGCCGAGGCACAGGCGGAGACGCAAGAGCGCAGCAUGAACAAGAUGACACGCGUCGCCGACUCGGUGCAGCCCAAGACGGCACGCGCGAGGGCACGAACGCAGAGGCACACAGUGUCGGGCUACGAGAGCGUCCUCGCCUCAGCCGGCGUGCUGUCCGAGCGUGCUGCGCGCAAGCUGUACGGCAGUCCGCAAGAGCGAGAGCACCACCAACACGCGGCCAGACUCAUCGUCGAAGCAGUGGUGCGUGCUGCGAUCUAA